AUGGCGUCUUUGAAUGAAAUGAGUUUGAAUGUGCCUCCUCCCGUGCAGCAGCGAAGUGUGGAGCUUGGUGUGACGUUACUGGCAAUGGCGGAACAUUUUCGGACAAUGAGCCCACCACGAUAUAGGAUGGCAAUUAAAUGUGCUCGAGCAUGCUUCCAUACCAUGAUGUCUCCGGAACUAAGUGCCUAUGCUCAUGUUGCAUUAGGUAAGCUGUGUUUCUUCUACACGGAAAAUAUCAACCUUGCUAAAUGCCAUCUUGAACAAGCAUACAAUCAAAUGAAAGAAUUCGGAGCAUCUUACGUUGAGCGACGUUUGGAAGUGGCUUGUUUACUGGCAGAAGUUUACAUGCAGAUGCGCAUGUACGACGCCGCCAAACAUUUGUUGCGUGAAGAAUCUGUACAUUCUCGCAUGUUUCCAAUGAUUCAUGCUCGUAUCCUUUUUCUUUAUGCGGAAGUAUUUGGAAUGGUUAAUGAUUGGAGAAAUGCUGAGGAAGUUGUGAACGUUGGAGCUUCAAUUUUUUCACAACUGGGAAAUCCUGAACUUGAAUGUUACUUUAGUCUCUCAAGCUCUAUGAUUGUUUCUAUGGAAUUAAGUAGGGGCGAGGAGCUAAUGCAACAUAUCAUGAAAGUUGGAGAGAAAAUAACUGCUCUUGGUGAAACACAUCCAUCUGUUGACUACAUUAAAGCAUUUUGCUUUACUAUCCAGAUCUGUUUCUUUCUUUCAGUUGGAUUGAUGAAGAGUACAAAAGUUUGUCUGCGACAGCUGCAGGCACUGGUCCAGCAGAUGAAAGGAGAUUUUGAUGGAGGAAUUGUUCAAUACCCUUUUUUCAACUGGAUGGGCAAAGAAACAUUGACAGCUCUUACAUACGUCUUAACAGUGAUUCAAAGUAUACAGACUUGCCAGCUGGAAAGAGCUUACAAAUACCAUGCUAUUGCCAUGCGUCAUAUUGGUGAGAUGAGGCGUUUAAUGGCUCAGCAAAAUUGGCCUAUUGUUCGUCGGGGAUCUUUGGAGUGUUUAAACGUUUUAGAAAUUGUUUUGCUGCAGAACUUUGCUACUACUCAGAUCAUGCUAGCUAGACCACUAGAGACGAUCAAUGUGCUGCACAUUAUGGUUAACAAAAUGCGGGAAAGUGGAGAUCUGUUCGACCGGUUUGAAGCGCAGGCUCAUGCUUUAAUCGGCCUCUACUGUUGGCUGAUAAGAUUACCGGACGAUGCUGACCGACAUUUCCAAGCCGCUUUGAGAACAACGCACGACACCGAGUUUUGGACAGUAGUUAAUUUGUGUUUGGCUAUCGUCUACUUGCUCACUUGUAGAGAAGCAGAUUUUUAUACCAUUUUUGAAAGGAUUACACCUGGCAAACUUCAGUCAAGUUCACCACUCCUGAAGUCUUCCGCUCAUUUCGUGCAUGCUCUCCACUCUUAUCUUCAUUCUCGUUUUCAAGAAGCAAGAAGUCAUUUAGCUGAUAGCGUCACGAUAGUUAGGGAUGAAGGUGUACCCCGCAUUCAAGCGUUAGCUACUUUAUUAUCGGCAAAGCUUGCCGGUUUUGAAGCGGCUGAUAUUCUUGUCGCAGCCAAUGACUGGGCUGCAAAAAGUAGCGAUCAGUCCUUGAUGCUUUGGUCAAAUCAUAUGAUUUGCGACUUACAAACGCGAUUUGGAAAUAUGGAGCAAGCACAAGCGAUCAAGGCUGGAAUUGAUCAGGUUGAGUCCUGUAUUAUGCAAAGCACAAGGGAAGCUAUGAAUUCAGAGGCUCAUCGACUGGUUAAGUGGGACGGGUUAGCCCAAACUGGUUGA